UCAGGCCCCACCCCUUAGAAACGUGCCACCGCCCAAGGAUGGCGUAGUUCAGGUCCGAGGAUCGACCCGAGGGCGUGUAGCUUGUUCACUGGCUUCCUAGCUGGGCCGGCGGCGGACCGGCAGCCCAAGCUGGGGCAGGCCAUGAAGCUGACCCGGAAAAUGGUGCUGUCCCGGGCCAAGGCCUCUGAGCUGGAGAGCGUGAGGAAACUAAACUGCUGGGGCAGCCGCCUCACCGAUAUUUCCAUCUGUCGAAGUUUGCCCAGCAUCGAAGUGAUCACACUCAGUGUCAAUAGCAUCUCCAGCCUGGAGCCCAUGAGCCACUGCCUGACCCUGAGUGAGCUCUAUGUGCGGAAGAACAGCAUCUCCAGCCUGGGCGAGCUCUUCUACCUGAAGGGCCUGCCCCGCCUGAAGGUCCUGUGGCUAGCGGAAAACCCCUGCUGUGGCCCCAACCCGCGACACUACCGCAUGACCGUGCUCCGCAACCUGCCUGGCCUGCAUAAGCUGGACAACCAGACCGUCACUGAAGAAGAGCUGUCCCAGGCCUUGAUUGAGGGUGAGGAGAUCACGGCCGCUCCAGCGAGGCAGGCGUCUGACCACAGUCAUCCUGAGCUCUCCUGUGAGCUGAGCACUGUCGACUCCUCUGCAGACACGGAGAGCGACCUGCUGCGUGACAGCAUGGAGAAAACCAACAAAAUCCGGGAGCAGUUGGGCAUGAGGCCUCUCCCCAGAGAUCGGUUUUCCUCCUUCACCUCGAGAGCAUCAGUCAGUAACCGAAAGAAGAGGAACAACAUCCUGAGUGCUGUCCUGCUGCUUCUGAAGGAACUGGACACUAAGGAGCUGGACGUUGUCCAGCAGGCAGUUGGCCACCGACUCCAGGCCCUUCGGAAACCAGAGCUGCCUGAGGAACACUAGGGCCUUGGCCCACUGUGUCCGCCUGCAGGUCAUCCGCUACAGCCUGACCCCAGCCGAGUGCUUUCUUGGACAGACCUGUGCGGGGAAGCCUUUGGCCUAUGGUCAGCCCCCGCAGUCUGUCACAUGGCUGCUCCCCACCUGGGUGGCCAGCGCACCAGGGGAACAGGCUGCCGUGGGCAGAGAGAAGAGGCUCUGGGUCUGUCCAAGGCCACGUUCUCAGAGCUCACUCUAGUAUGUGACUGUUUGGCAUCUGCACCAAUGUAGUGGCCAGGCUUUGUGAAAAGCUCUCGCUUUUAGAUCUUAGCUUUCCCAUUGGGUGACAAGGGAUUCAUCUCGGGGCAGUGCCCUCAAAGGCCAUUUCUUUAUAAAGGUUUUCCCCGAAGUGCAGUCUUCCAAGUAGAUGUUUUCUAAAUGACAAGACUUGUUUCCAAGUGUCCUUGCCUGGAGAGAUCCGCGGAAAGGCGCCCUCAGAGCCAAGCUUCCAGGGAGAAUUCCAGUCACGGGGUUUCAGCUGAGCCUCCAUCCAGGCACCAGGGAUGAGUCCAGUGGCCGCCUCUGUCCUCUUCAGUCAUGUUCAUCGGCCCUUCCAGCUGGGCAGAGCGGGAUAGCUACAGCACCCUGGGAUGUGGGCCUUCUGGACCUCUGGCAGUGCAGGCUAUGGAGCGCCAUGGGCCUACAGGCCUUGAGGAAGGAAGAGGGGCCGCCCUUUGCCAGAAGGUCUCCAGCUGCCAGAGGGUUGGGGUCCAUGAAGGGGCCCCAGGGAAAGACUAACCAGCAUUCGCCACCCAGUUCCUGGGGGCCUUGGAUUGGAUCAACUGCAGGCUCCCUGCGGCUGCCCCUUCCUUUCAGAUUGCUUAGCUUUGAUACUGAAUUUGAUGGGCACAGUCAUUCACAGUGGGCCACAGAAGAGCCACAACAGCACUGGUGGCACGUGGCCAUCUGUUGGAAUGGUUGGCCCUUGGACAGGAUAGGAAAGGGCCGCCUUGUGGGGAAGGAGUUGGGAGUGCUUACUGCUUGUCCUUUCCUUAGGCUUCCUCCCACAAUCAUCUGAAUCUUAGUCAAAUAAAGCAUUUUCAGAACAGCA